AUGGCUCUUGCACGUCCUCGACUGGACAACUCCGAAUAUACUGUGGGAUGGAUUGCUGCGCUGCCGCAUGAAAGGACUGCUGUUAGGGCAAUGCUCGAUGAGACGCAUGCUUCACCACAGUACAGGCACGAAAAAGACGACAAUAUAUACGUCUUGGGGUCUGUUCGUUGCGAAAUUGGCCAACAUUAUGUGGUCAUUGCCGGCCUCCCAUCAGGCCAAUGUGGGAACACUGCGGCCACGACAGCCGCGGUUCAAAUGCUCUCCACCUUUCCGGCAAUCAAAUUUGGACUCAUGGUUGGUAUCGGUGGUGGCAUCUGGAGCGAAAAGAAUGACAUCCGGCUGGGGGACGUUGUGGUUAGUAAUCCGGAUGGCAGCUUUGGGGGCGUGAAGCAAUACGACUCUGGAAAAUCUACUGUUGAUGGUUUCCAACAUUCUGGAUGGCUCAAACCGCCACCUCGAAUUCUACUCAAUGCUAUAACCGAGCUCCAAAGUAAACACGGCAUGGAAAGGAGCAUGAUACCCGACAUACUCCGAGACAUGCACAGGAAGCACCCAUUAAUGCAACAGUCGCGAACAGGGCCAGGUUUCGUCCAUCAAGGCACCAGCAACGACCGGCUAUUUCGCUCCGACUACCAUCAUCAAAGAAAAGAUGAAAAUUGCCACGCGUGUGACAAGACGGGGGAAAUAGCACGCAAAGAGCGUCCAGACUGUGAUCCAUUUAUUCACUACGGCACCAUCGCCUCAGGAGACAAGAUCAUCAAGGACCCACAAACUCGAGAUCAUCUAGCACAGGAUUGUCUCUGUUUCGAAACAGAAGCUGCUGGGUUGAUGAACGACUUCCCUUGUCUCGUUAUCCGUGGAAUCUCUGACUAUUGCGACUCGCACAAGAACGAUGAGUGGCAGAAGUAUGCAGCAGCUACGGCGGCCGCAUAUGCCAAGGAGCUUCUUCUUAUCAUAGACCCGGCAGAUGUGAAUAAAGCAACAAGAGCAAGAGAUGUCGCAAGAAAACUUGACCAAGUGACGCGCGCACAAGAGCAAGUAACAGAAGAAAUCCGACAAGGGCAGGAGAGAAAGGACCGGGAUGAUAUUCUCGAAUGGAUCACCCACAUUGACUACGGUCACCAAUAUAGCGCCAUCCUCAAGAAAAGAUUGGAGGGUACAGGGCAAUGGCUGCUAGACUCAACCGAAUUUAAAAAUUGGCUGGAAAGCAAAGGAGAGACACUAUUCUGUUCCGGAAUUCCGGGGGCAGGCAAGACUGUCCUCUCUGCUAUUGUGAUUGAUCAUCUAUGCGGGAAGUUUGGACAGGAUUCAAGCAUCGGCAUCGCGUGGUUGUUCUGUGAAUAUGAUCGACAUGAUGAGCAAACGUUAGAGCACCUCCUUUUAAGUCUUUUAAAGCAGCUACUAAAGCAACAAACUACUUUACCAAACUGUGUUACGGAGCUCUACGAGUUGCAUCAAAGGCGGACAACGCGGCCCUCGAUCAAUGACAUUGUGAAGUUACUACAGUCUUCCACGGCCACUCUUUCCAGAAUUUUUGUUAUUGUUGACGCUCUCGACGAAUGCCAAACUACAGGGGGAUGCCAAAUGGACUUCAUAUCUGUAUUAUUCACCUUCAAGGACGUGGUCAAGGCGAACAUAUUUGCAACGUCUCGGCAUAUUGACAGGAUACAGAAAAGGUUUCGUGGAUGUAUCUCGCUAGAGGUCAAAGCAAAAGCCGAGGAUAUAAGAAUGUAUUUGAGAGGACAGAAGAGACGAUUCACGCAGGGUUUGGUGAACGACGAACUCCAGGCUCGGAUUGAAUCAAAAGUGAUCCAAGCCUCCGAAAGCAUGUUCUUGCUAGCGGCCUUUCACAUGAAUAGGCUGGUUGAAUUAAAAACAAGGCAGGAUAUAAUCAACUUUCUAGAAAGUAUUCAAGAGAGCGGCCUCGACGCUGCUUACAAAAAGACGAUAGAGACGAUUGAGAAUCAGGACCAGAACAGCGUGAGCCUUGCAAAACGGAUCUUAGCCUGGACCGUUUACGCCGAAAGGUCAUUUUCGAUCGAGGAGCUUCGGCAUGUGCUCGCAGUAAGGGCAGGCACCAAACAGUUCAACCCGGACUAUAUGCCAUGUGCCACUGACCUCUUGUCGGUCUGCGCCGGCUUAGUUACAUACAAUAACCAAAGGGGAUUUUUUCGUUUAGUCCAUUACACAACGCUUGAGUUUUUUCGGCAGACAAGGCCAGAUUGGCUGCAAGAUAUGCAAGCUGAUCUCGCGGAAACCUGUCUUACCUAUCUGUUGUAUGACUGCUUCCGAGUCGGCUCCUGCAGGGCGGAUCAAGUUUUCGAGGCCGAGUUCGAUUUCUAUAAAUAUGCCGCAGCAAGCUGGGCUCGUCACGCUGGCAUUGACAGGUCCUCGGGGGCAAGUUUGGCGAGGAAAGAAAAGACUCAACUCCUCCUUGAUGAAUUCCUGGCAACUGACCCCUUGCCGCCCAGUUUUCUCUAUUGGCUGUUCCGACUUAAAGAAUGCAUUAUACACGAUAUCGAUAACUUUCCAUCAGAAGAUUCUUAUUGGGGAAUCUCAGGCCUGGUCUUCUCUCCACUUAAUUGGCUAAGCAAUACGACCUUUGCAACAUCUUGUCGGCGCAAGCGUUUUACGUGGAGUUCUGACAAGAUGACAUUCGCAGUUUUGCAUGCUUUGAUUACAGCAUCGCUUGAAAGAGCCAGGCUAGUGUUGGCGCCUUGCCCACAUCCCGAACAUUGGCACAAUCUCUUCAGUUCAGCAUUUGAGGACCGCCCUCCUCUAUGCUUGGACGACGGGGCCCUCGGCUGCAAGAAAAGCUGUACCCCUGAGGCAGUCGAGAACUUGAAACGUUGGAACAAAAAGAUUUUCGAGUUUCUUUUUCAAGCCGUGGAUGAAGAUGGGCUUACUAAGAAGGCAGGGCGACAAAAAUCUCCCCCAGAGCAAAGUCGAGAUAUGUUCUCUCGGGAUACAUGCUCUCAAGGGUUUUCUAGACGUCGGUUGCUUCACCACAAAUUCUCUAUAAUAGAGAAGCCGGAUGUUUCCUCUUUACCGACAGACCCGCAUGUCGAGACCCGAGACUUUACCGAGUGGUUGCCGCUUUUCGAGAAUCAUGACGCGCCGCAAAGGUGUCUCGAAGAGAUUGCGAAUCUGACAGUCAUUCUUCUCCUGAAAGCUAAAGCUGGCUUUAAAGAGUGGACAAAAGAAGAGGAGGAAUUAUUCCGGCGCUUACUAUUGAAACCGGUACAUAAAUACCAAGAAUACCAGUAUAUUCCAGUGGAUUUUCUAGACCAGGACCCCGUGCUCUUAGAUGUCAUACAUCUUGGGUGCGAUGCUCUUGAUUUCUUGGUUCGGAGCGGUGUGGAUGUAAACGAACAGUUUAGGCGGCAUCCAUCAGGGACAGCAUUGGUAGCUGCAGUUGUUCACGAUCUCGAGAGUAAGGCACCAUGUGUAGAAUACCUCCUAAAGCAUGGUGCAGAUUCCAAUCAGCAAACGAAUGGGAGGGAAUACGGCUCUGCUUUAAUUGCAGCAUGCGCACUCGGGAGGAUGGAUGCUCUUAAUCUUUUAUUACAGCAGCCCAAUAUCGGGGUUAAUAUGGAGAUCAAGUUUGACUUAUACGGAACUGCCCUCAUUGCAGCAUGCGCAAAAGGUAACAUUGAUGCUUUACAUCUUCUAUUACAACAGCCUAAUGUGGAGGUCGCUAUGAGGACAGAAUUCGGCGAAUAUGGAACGGCCUUCAUGCAGCAUGCGCAAACGGUAGAAUGGAUGCUCUACAUCUUCUAUUACAACAGCCUUAUGUGGAUGUCAAUAUGGCGACACAAUUCGGCCGCUAUAGAACAGCUCUUAUUGCAGCAUGUUCAAAUACUAGAUUGGUUCUAG